GCCUGAGCGGCCCAACUUAAAAGAUGCGGCUUGCAGUCGAUCUCGAAAUGAUAGUCUGGGGUGCCGGAGAUGUGCAGUGAUGGUGCCACCGGAGCACAAGAGAAAUUGGUCACAGUGGCCUAAUGAAAGGCAAAGUUGCUAGUUUGACGGAAGGACCUACACAAAGCAGAAGCUAGCUCUCUGCUAUCUAUCUCCCUCCAAGAAGCUUCCCUUCCUUUUGCCCUCGAUCUAUCUUUUCCCAAACAUACUACCUGGUUGUAAGAGAUGGUCUCAUGGCCGUGAGCUCACCUCGUCGAGCACUCCUCGUGGCUAUGUUCCUUAGCUUCCUUCUCGGCGCCGCGACCAGCAUCCGCACCACGACCUUCUCCUCGUCCCAGAAGUUGGUGGAGGACAAGUCGCGGCUGGGCUCGACGCCUCCGAGCUGCCGCAACCGGUGCAGCGCGUGCCACCCCUGCACGCCCGUCCAGGUGACGACCAUCCCCGGGUCCAGCCGCUCGGCCCACGUCGCCGAAGACGCGGUCGCCGGCAUCUCGCGGUACUCCAACUACAAGCCGUUGGGGUGGAAAUGCGGCUGUGCCGGCCGCCUCUACGACCCGUAGCCGUAAGCUAGCUACUCGCUCACUUUCUCGAUGGUUCCGUGGCAAUUCGAGUGCACUAUGCUCCGGUUCAGACCUUGUUUUUUUUGGAGAAAAACCAGUACAGCGCUGGUCAGGUUUUGGUUAGUAAUUUGCUCCCCUGAUUCUUCUUCUCCGGUGUUCCCUUCGUUCUUGCCAUAACGGCUAGCUUCCCAAGCAUGAACUCUGUAGAGGUAGAGGGAGGUUGCAGUAGUAUACUGCCCGUAGCCAGUUUUUACUCUCUGCUGAACAAUUUACUCGCGUGUAACAGUGAUUGGGAGCAGUAAAUUCUGUGUAGUGCAGACUUGUGGUACUCUGGUGAUGACAGAUUGAAGGCAGGUUGGCAUGGCUGCAUGUGAUUCACCCCUGACGAAUCUCGACCCGGAUCUUGCGACACUCAAGUGCUAAAC